AUGAGCUUUACAGAUUCAGGAUAUUUUUAAAAGUAAAGUGGUAACAAUCAAAAUUGCUCAUACUAUAAUUAAAAUAGAUUCAUAAAUGAAAGUAGUUCAAAUAAUAAUCCCAAUUAUUACCCUUAGAUUUAGAAAAAUAUUUAAAAAGAAAAGCAUAGAAUUACAAACUAUUAUGAUUCACAGUCUAGGAGAUACCAACAUCAUAAAAUCCAUGAAAAAUUGACUAAAAGUGUUUAGGAAUAGAAUAAACCCUCAAACAUCAAAAUGAAUAAUUACUAAGAUUAAUUUAAACAUGAAUAAAAUAAUAUUUAGGAUAAUAAUAAAUAAAUCAUAGCAUUUUAAAAUCUAAAUAGUUAGAAGUAAUUACCAAGUGAUUAAAAGUACUCCUAUAUAGAAGAUUAGGAUAGACAGUAAUAAUAUAAUUUUAAUAACGAAAAAGAGCAUUAAUAUUAAUAGGAUUUAAAUAAUAUCAAGGUGAAUAUUUCAAGGUUAUCUAAUUCUAAUUAUUCAAGCAAUUAAAAUCAAUUAGCUAAAUUAUGGUAAAGAUAGUAAAAUGAUUAAAGCAGCAGGGAAGAAAAUAAUUAUUAAAGUAAAUUUAGAGGUGUUGAAGAAAGUAAGUUUAAGACUAGGACUGGAAAAUUUAUGAAUAAAAUCUUUUUCAAAAACAACCAUAAAUCAUCUAAUGAUGUGCAUAUCUUAGAACAGUAUGAUCCUAAUUAAAAUAACAAUACUAAAAGCAUAUUUGAUGAUAUACUUUCUAAAAUUUAAUAAGAAGAUCCUUAACUUUAUGAAUAGUAUUAACAUACAACAGAUGUUUAAGUAGAGGAUUAAAAAAAUUUUAAUGAAUAAAAUUCAUUCAAUUCAAAAACUGUUUUUGAUGAAUAAUCAGCAAAAAAUCAAAACAAUUAAAUUAAAACAAAUAAAUAUAAUAAAAAAGAAGAAAAUCAAAAAUAUCACAACUAGAGACGUGAGUAAAAACUAGAUUAAUAACAUAGCAAUGUGUCAAAUGAAAUAAUUUUUAUGGAAGAUCAUGAACAGCAUUCUAUACUUCCAUAAGGUAAACGUGUAGAAUGUAAUAAUUAAAUCAAUUAAAAUAAAAUAACAGACUAACUAAACUCAUUAAACUAUCAGUUUGGAUUAAAUUAAAAUUGCUUAGAAAAAAUAGAAGGAGAAUAAUAAAAGUAAAAUCAAAUACAUUCUCCCCUGAUACAAAACUAAAUCAAAUUUAUUUAAAAUAACGUAUUCACUCCAGAAAAAGAUAAUAUGAUUAAAGAUGAAUUUGAUGAAAUAAAAUAGUGUAAUAUAAUUUAAAUAGAUGAUAAUUCCGAUUAAAAUCAGGUUCUUUCUUUUAUUCCACUCCCAACAUUAAAAGAAAGAAUUGAUAUUGUAAUUGUUGAUGAUGGUAAUGAAGAUUUGGAUGAAAACUUAAACUCUACAAAUAUAAAAGUUUAAAAUGCCAUUAACUUAUAAUAAAACAUUACCAAUAAUCAAUAAAAUUAAAUAAACUAAAACAUUAUAAAAACUAAUUAAAAUAUUAUUUAAAAUAUUAAAAGCAAAAAUCAAGCAGUAAAUAAAAACGUCAUAUAAGUAGAAUAAGAUAAUAAUCUUUAGUAAAUAAAUAAUUAAAAAUAAAAUAUUUAAUAUCAAGUUAAGAUUAAUUAAAAUAUGUAAGAAUAUUCCGUUUAUCCACAAAACUAAAUAAAUUUUAUUUAAAGUAAUAAUACUAAUACUAUGUUAAAAAAUUUAAAUAAUGUUGAUGAUUAUAUCAAUACCUCAAAAGAUAAUCAAUAAAAUAUUAUAUAUUAAUAAAUCAAAUAAAAAGAGUUAUUAUUGCAACAUCAAAUGAAUUAGUUGUAGUUACAAUAAAAGCUUCUUGAACAAUAAUAAUAACUAAUUUUAUAAUCUUAAAUUUAAUUAUAAUAGCAAUAAUAAUUACCUUAAAAAUAAUAACAGUAAUAGCUUUAAAUGUAAUAAUAGUAACCUAGUGUAUAAUAACAAUAAUAAAUUUAAUAAAAACCAACAAAAAAAUCUACAGAAUUAAAAAAAGUAAAUACAUUCUUUAGAUAAAAGCAAUAAAUACUUAAAAAUUUAGACUCUUUAACUGAAGAAGAGCUAAUUAAGGAAUAUGAAGUCAUUUAUAAUUUUUGA